CAUUGGAUAUCACUUAGCAGCUAAUCAGGACGUUCAGGAUAGAGUGAGAAACGAGGUGAAGACAGUGAUCGAGAAACACGGUGGUGUAUUAACGUACGAAGGACUGAAGGAGAUGACGUACAUGGACCAAGUGAUCAGUGAAUCGCAAAGAUGUUCUGUAGGAGUAGGUACGAUGCACAAGUUGUGCACCGAACAGUUCCAUUUGGAGGGAUCCGAUGGACUGAAAUAUCAUGCGAAACCGGGUACUGAAAUUAUUAUACCCGUUUACGCACUGCAGACAGAUCCGAAAUAUUGGCCCGAUCCGGAGACCUUCGAUCCGGAACGAUUCAGCGAAGAGGGGAAAAAGAACAAUGAGAAAUAUACUUUCCUACCUUUUGGUGAGGGACCGAGGAUGUGUGUGGGAAUGAGGAUGGCUUUGUUGCAGAUGAAAGCUUGCGUAGCUACUCUGUUAAAGGAUUAUAAAAUAGAAUUGUCGCCGAAAACGAAACUUCCAUUGAAGAUCUCACCUGUUUUCUUCACACCGUUACCAGUUGGUGGACUGUGGGUUAAUAUCACGAAGCUGUGAAUAUGAUUUGUACACUCACACUCAAAAGUUUAUAGCACUCUCUACCUUUCCGACGAAACAAAUGUUUUCACACAUGAUAUACUGCGUUCACAUUAAUAUUACACUAUUUUAAUAUGUUUCAUAGUUAAGUUUAGGAAUAUAACAACUUGUAUUUUUAAUUAGAGAGAAGUAUCUAAUAUCUAGGAACGAUCUCUGGAAUUAUAUUGAAUCGAAAAUAAUUGAAAAAUUAAUUUCCAGAAUGCCAAA